CGCCCAGAAUGGAGUCCUCUCCCCGUCUUACCAGUCCAGAAGCCUCCCGUCCCUCCCUGAGCUCCCCUCACUCAUGAAGCUCCUUCUCCUGGUUUUGACUGUUACCCUGCUCCUGGCCCAGGUCACCCCAGUCAUGAAGUGUUGGAGUAAGUUAGGCAGGUGCAGAACGACGUGUAAACAGAGUGAAGUAUUCUACAUACUGUGCAAAACUGAGUUUAAGUGCUGUGUGGAGCCCAAGAACGUACAUGCCAAACCAGAAUUACCAAACACAGAUUGGAAGCCUGGGCUCAUCUUCUGCAGUCUGACACUCCCCUUCCAACCCUGAGUCUCAACAUCACUGGAUCCCUAUUAAACAAUUCCUGGCUGUUC